GUUAAGCAAAUAUGUUAAGUCAACUGAUAUUAGUUCAGCAUCCUCAAAGGUCAAACAAUGUCAAGGAUCACGUGACCCUCACUUAAAUGAGUAUAAAACUCCGGUAGUGAGUGCAAUCGCUUCAGUAAACAUGGUGCUACUAUUUGACGAAAUUCUGUCCCAUCUGGGAGAAUUUGGGCGAUAUCAGAAGUUGGUAUAUUUUCUGCUAUGCCUAAGUGCAAUUUCGAAUGGAAUUCGGAUGGUUUUAUCGGUUUUUAUCCAGAAAACCCCCGCUCACAGGUGUGCUAUUCCGGGGUACGACAACGAUACCUAUGAAAUUCAGUCGGACUAUCAUGCUCGUCUUAUCAACCUCACUAUACCGCUCAGCGACAUAGAUGAUGACCAAGUGUAUGACAAAUGUCAUAUCUACGUGGUCUCUGAAAACAUGACAACGGCCGCGUGUGACAAGUGGGUGUACUCUACAGACAUCAUACAGAACUCGGCAGUAACAGAGAUGGAUAUGGUGUGUGAAGCGGCCUUGGACACAUCACACGCCCAGAUGAUCUUCACUGCAGGCUAUCUGUUCGGCGUAUUUAUACUCGGCAUUGUAUCCGACAAAAUAGGAAGGAAAAAGACGCUGUAUUUUGCUGUCGUCCUGAGCCUUGCUGGUGGUCUUGGCCUCGCGUGGGCGCCUAACUUCCUAGUGUACUGUGUCAUACGGUUUGUGAAUGGAUUCUCAAUGGGAGGAAUGUUUCCGAUUACAUUUGUUAUGAGUGUAGAGAUGGUGGGUCCCAGUAAGAGAGCCCUUAUCGGAAUCUCCAUCGAGUAUUUCUUUGCUCUGGGCUUUGUGAUAUUGGCCGGUCUAGCUUACCUAAUCAGAGACUGGCGCUACCUGGACAUAGCAGUAUCUGCCCCGUCGGCUCUCUUCCUGCUGUACUGGUGUUGUAUCCCCGAGUCCCCUCGGUGGCUGAUCAGCGAAGGGCGACACAAACAUGCUGAAAAAAUCCUAUCAACGGCUGCCAAGAUGAACAAGGUCACACUGCCUGAUCACUGUUUUCAACAUAAACCAGACAAACAGAAGGAGGUCGCACAUGCAGACAUCACAAAAGCUAGCAUGGCAGACAUGUUUAAAUCUCCAGCUCUUCUCAUCCGGAGUGCAAUAAUAUUCCUAAAUUGGAUGGUAGUGAGCAUGGUCUACUACGGUCUGUCCCUCAACACGGAUAACUUGGGAGCAGGAAGCCUGUACGUCAACUUUCUUAUCUCUGGGCUGGUGGAGUUCCCUGCCUACACGAUUUCUAUCCUGCUACUGAGCAAGGUUGGGAGGAGAGUUAUUCAUUGUGCCAGCAUGAUCCUUGGAGGCGUGGCCUGUCUCCUCACAACAAUCACGAUCCUCUGUCUGGACAAAGAUCAUCAGUGGGCGACGGUCCUCCUUGCUAUGAUAGGCAAGUUAGGAGCUGCAGGAGGCUUUGCCAUAAUCUAUGUCUUCUCGGCGGAGCUCUUCCCCACAGUUGUGCGCAAUUCAGCCAUGGGGGCCAGCGGUUCCUGGGCACGUGUCGGGGGUAUGAUCGCUCCUUAUAUAGCAGAUUUGGGAAAGAUUGUACACGGUGACAUCGGCCAUGUGUUGCCGCUGAUUAUAUUUGGUUCGGCAUCUGUGGUGGCAGGACUUCUGGCCCUGUUCUUGCCAGAAACUCUCAACAGAUGCUUGCCUGAAACCAUUGAAGAUGGAGAAAACUUUGGACGGCGUGUCGAGGUGAAAGAAAAAGACAUCGAAUCAACGAAGUUCUAACAUUUGGAUGUAAUAAUUGUAAAAUUAUAAAUAAGACGACCAUUACAGACCGACCCAAACACCAGACUUAAUAUUAUGGGAAAUAUUGACUGGGCCAGAAUAACUGGGCAUGUCCUCCGCUAUAACUGCGGGAUUUACGACACACCCACACCUUUUGUCCUUUAUUCAAACCACAAGCCCCGGAUUUAAAGGAACAAUGUCGGUACAUAUAUACUCCUUUGACCAUCAAUCUCGUCAUCUUCCCGUGACAAGGGAGAUAACCGAGUCUUGAACACCCUUGCUGGAACUACUCUGGAAUCAUUGAGAUAUAUGUAGGCUGGUCUAAAGAGUCUGUACCAGUCAAAAUCGUGCAUCGAAAUAUUCAUCCAUUUCAAAACAACUUCGCGAUUUCAGUCACGUACAGUAUCUGCAGAGUAUGUGUAUCACCAACAAGAUGUCCACAGAUACAUUGCAAAUCUUUCCAUGUUUCACUACCGAUCAGAUCUUCUUGUUUGGGCGCCGCCUUCUGGAGCAAGUGAAAGUGAUAUAAAGGAUGCAUUUCGUCAGUUGGAGGAACGCAGAAGGAACAAACCUCAUGCUAGACACUAGUGGCGCGAGGAUCGAGCCAGGAAAUUCCAGCACAGUUCGACAAAGGUGGAAACCGGACUUUUGGCAGUCAGCUGACUCACCUUCCUCGCUAAGACGCAACCUCGUUUCAGUGCUAAAACGUAAAAUGUGGACCUUCACCAUUCUGAUGCACUCUUCCAGAUUGUGUUCCUGUCGCUUUUGGCACGGAAUCCAAGUGUUGUUGUUUUAAUGUUGCAAGUUCUCUCCUUACCUGAAUUUUUGUAAACUAGUUCUGUUUAACCAUAUCAGGGACUAAGUAUAUACAUGUAACUGAUCUCAAACGAAUGCAAUAUGGAGCUAUUUCACUUCGUGUUGUAUUCAUUUUAAGGUAUUAAAAGAUAAAACAUUACAAC